GCAUGCAAAUCAGAAGGGGUGACUGUGAAGGAAUAGAGAGGCUGAAGUGUAGCGCAUUCCUCGAGAGAGAACCCGUUUCUCUCCCUGCCGGCUCCCAGUCAGGCAGCUUGGCCCCGACGCAGUAGAUGCAUGAGUUCUGGCUGAAACUGGGAGCUUCGUGGUCAGUAGGGAAAUCAGAAGCAUUGCUCUAACCGAAAUAGCGAGUAUUGUUGCAACAUCAAUUUCUAGGCUACUUUGCGUCGCAGAGAUUUAAUUUCGUCCGCAACUUUUUGUUCUCCGUUUUCGUGACCAUGGGUUCAGAACAAACUCACUUGUACGGGUGGGCGUUGAUGAUAGUCGCGGUUUUCUGUCAACGGGGUCAUGAAAGUUGCCCGGAGGAAGAUUUGGAGAAAAGGGAAGAGGAGGCGAACGUGGUUCUGACUGGCACCGUUGAAGAAAUCAUGAACAUGGACCCAGUGCACAAUACCUACUCAUGCAAGGUGAGGGUAUGGCGGUACCUGAAAGGAAAGACCAUGGUCAAUGGCGAGGUUCUUUUGGACGGUGGAAACAAGGUGAUGAUUGGUGGCUUUGGGGACCCUGAGGUCUGCGACAACCAGGUUGCCACUGGCGACACACGCAUUUUCUUUGUCAACCUGGCUCCAGAGUUCAUGUGGCCAACGCACAAGAAUGAGCUGAUGCUCAACUCCAGCCUGAUGAGGAUUACCCUGCGUAACCUGGAGGAGGUGGAGCACUGUGUGGACGACAAACCUGUUCACUUCACACCAGCCCAGCCUCCUGACGAUUGCAGAGGAAUGCUAUGCGGCUUCGGGUCAGUAUGUGAACGUGACGCGGCUGACCCCUCCAAGACAGAGUGCGUCUGCAAGAAGAUGGUGUGUCCGUCGGUUGUGGCGCCUGUGUGUGGCUCGGACUCCUCGACCUACUCCAAUGAGUGUGAGCUGGAGAAGGCCCAGUGCAACACGCAGCGGCGCAUCAAGGUGCUGCGCAAAGGACCCUGCGCCCUGGAGGACCCGUGCAGUGAGGUGACCUGCAGCUACGGCAGCACCUGCAUCCAGUCAUCGGACUACUUGUCGGCCAAGUGCAUGUGCCCGCUGAGCUGCGACGGUAAGCCCGAGCAGGUGGUGUGUGGCAGUGACGGCCAAGACUACCGCAACGAGUGCGAGCUCUACAAGCAAGCCUGCCACACCCAGAAGAACUUCCGCCUGCAGCACCAGGGAUACUGCAACCCCUGCAAAGACAGCGAGAACAGUCUGAAUGUGGCGUGCCGGGUGGAGCCACGUACCCGCCAGCCCCUGACCUUUGCCCCCCCGGAGUCCUGCCCACCUGUCAAUGAGCCACUGUGCGCCAGUGACAGCCAGACGUACGAGAGCGAGUGCCAUAUGACGAGGACGGGCAUGCAGAAGGGCAUUGAGCUCAGGAUGAUCCACCCGGGCAGCUGCAAGAAACAAGAGAUGUGCAAGGUGGAGUGCAAGUUCAAUGGCGUGUGCCAGGUGGAACGUCUAGGCGUGCGCUGCUCCUGCGAGCCUAUCCAGUGCGACGGGACCUACAAGCCGCUGUGCGGCAAAGACGGACGCAGCUACGUCAACGACUGUGAGCGGCGACGGGCCGAGUGCCUGGCUAAAGCCUACAUCCCCGUCAAGCAGCAAGGACCGUGUGAUCUCCACGUGCCCAGCCCGUGCCUGGCAAAGGCCUGCGAGUUUGGCGCUGUGUGUGUGGUGAAGAACGACGAGCCCGUAUGUGAGUGCACCGAAGCCUGCCCCCAGACACCCGACCCAGUGUGCGGCAGUGACGGCCACAGCUACAGCAGUCAUUGUGAGAUGAGGGCCACGGGCUGCGCCCUGCAGAGGGAGAUCCACAUCCAGCACCGAGGACCCUGCGACGAGACGUGUGCCAACUGUUCAUUCGGGGCGAUCUGCGACGGGCAGUCGGGCAGCUGUGUGUGCCCACAAGAGUGCGUGGAGUCCCACCAACCGGUGUGCGGCAGCGACGGCUCCACCUAUGACAGCGAGUGUGAGCUCCACGUGCGCGCCUGUACCAAGCAGCUUGACCUGCGUGUGCUCGCCCAGGGAGAAUGCAAGACCUGUGGCAGCGCUGUGUGUGCCUGGGGGGCCCAAUGCAUCCAGAACAAGUGCGAGUGCACGCAGUGCCAGGGCCAGGCUUUCUCGCCUGUGUGUGGCAGCGACGGCAUGACCUAUGACAACACUUGCGAGCUGGGCUUUGCAUCCUGUGUCCUCAAGAAGAAGAUCGAGGUGGCCAAGCUCGGCAGCUGCGAAGAAGAGUGUGGUUCAGGAGGGUCGGCCUCAGGUGUUGAGAGCUGCGAACAGGAUAGGUGUCGUACGUUUGGAGGCUCGUGGGACGAGGACACAGAGGAUGACCGCUGUGUCUGUGACUUCGACUGCAAUCGCGUGCCUCACAACCUGGUGUGUGGCUCAGAUGGGAAGACCUACAGCAAUGAGUGUGAGAUGAAGAAGGCCAGUUGUGAAAGGCAAAGGCAUCUGCUGAUCCAGAAUCAGGGACCCUGCACAGCGAUAUCAGCCACCUCUCCACCGGAGCUGACAGCGCCACAACGCUGCAUUCAGUCAGUCUACGGCUGUUGCCACGACAACAAGACGGCGGCCCUUGGUGUGGGACUCGCUGGAUGCACCAGUACGUGUCAGUGUAACCCGUAUGGCUCCUACAAGGGGACGUGUGACCCGGGCAGCGGCCAGUGCUCCUGUAAGCCCGGCGUCGGGGGACAGAAGUGCGACCGCUGUGACCCAGGCUUCUGGAACUUCCGUGGCAUUGUCACAGAGAACUUGAGCGGCUGCACACCGUGUAACUGCGACGCAGUGGGCUCGGUGAGGGACGACUGCGAGCAGAUGUCAGGCCUGUGCUCCUGCAAGACUGGAGUGAAGGGCAUGAAAUGCAAUGUGUGCCCCGACGGCAGUAAGAUGGGCAGGAGCGGCUGCCACACAGGUGCUGAUGCCCCAACCUCAUGUAAUGAGCUGGACUGCAAGUUUGGUGCGUCUUGUGUUGAGGUCAAUGGUCAAGCCCACUGUGAAUGCCCCUCGCCCGACUGUGACGAGAUGAACAAGACCAAGGUGUGUGGCUCUGAUGGGGUGACCUACGCUGACCAGUGCCAGCUGAGCACCAUUGCCUGUAGGCGGGACAAGCACAUCAGAGUGGAACACUUUGGCCAGUGUGCAGACCCCACAGCCGAGGCCAACACCAUCCGCACAGCGGAGGACCGCUCGUCGUGUGACAACACACCCUUCGGCUGUUGUCCUGAUGGCAAGACGGCUUCCAGCAGCCCUGAGGGAGCCAAAUGCCCCUCCACCAUGCGGUUCAGCGGCUUCCUGCACUUGGACCAGGUGGAGGGCCAGGAGGUCUUCUACACCCCUGAGAUGGAGGAUCCCAAGUCUGAGCUGUUUGGCGAGACAGCCAGGAGCAUCGAGAGUGCUCUGAACGAGUUGUUCCGUAAAUCAGAGGUGCAGAAGGACUUUAUGAGUGUCCAAGUCCGCAGCCUGGCGCCCAGCAACUCCAUCCUGGCCUUCAUCGAGGCCCACUUCAACCCAGAGACCAGGUUCACGGCGCAGGACAUUGAAGGAGCCCUGCUCAAGCAGCUGAAGGCAGCCAAGGAGACAGCCAUUGUGGUGAAGAAGCCAGAGGAGGAGAAUAUUCGCUUCAACAACUAUGGCCUGUUCUCCCUCCCCUACUUCACCACCAGUACCACAGCUACCGCCACCACCCCCACUGCCAGCACUGCCACCAGCACCACGCUGCCGCCCCCCAACUCCCCUUUCAUCACACGCCGUCCCCUGGGCACCACACGCCGUCCCUAUACCAGCCGCCGGACCACCGCCGCCCCUUCUACCAUGGCCCCCACUCCCACCACUACUAUCACCCCCCUCCACAGGACCAGCCCUGUGCCCCACUACACCAAGGGCCAGCAGCCCUGUGACUCCCACCCCUGCCGACACGGCGGCACCUGCGAGGACGACGGCGCCGAUUUCACCUGCAUCUGCCCCGCCGGGAGAGGGGGCGCUGUCUGCGAGAAAUUGAUCACAUACUUCAUCCCGUCAUUCGGGGGUAAGUCCUAUCUGGCCUUCGACACCAUGAGGGCCUAUCACACGGUCCGCAUCGCCAUGGAGUUCAGGGUGGCCGAGAUGACGGGCAUCCUGCUCUUCAACGGCCAGGAUGGCAAGAAGGACUUCCUGUCUCUCACCCUGGUCAAUGGCAAGGUGGAGCUCAAGUUCAACACCGGCUCGGGCACAGGCACACUGGUCAGUAAAGUCCAGGUGAAGCUGGGUCGCUGGUACCAGCUGGUGGUGACGAGGAACCGGCGCAACGCCGUGCUGAGCGUGGAUGACGAGCUCCACAUCGAGGGCGCAAGCCCCCCCGGAACCGACGGCCUCAACCUGGACACACACCUCUUCAUCGGAGGGGUGCCCGAAGACAUGAUGACAGAUGUGAAGGAGAGGACCUCCACCAGUACAGGUCUUGUUGGCUGUGUUCGCACGCUGGACGUCAACAACCUGGUGUACAACCUGCAGGAGAAGGGUGGCAACGUGCUCUACGGCACCGGCGUAGGCGAGUGCGGCAACAACCCGUGCCAGCCGAACCCCUGUAAGAACAGCGCCUCCUGCCAGGUCAAGGAGGCUGAGAUGUUCCACUGCAAGUGCAUCAACAGCUACUCCGGUCCGACGUGCGCCGACACCCACAAUCCAUGCGAGCCUAACAGAUGCCACCCAUCGUCCCAGUGUCAGGUGCAACCAGAGGGAGGGUAUAAGUGUGAGUGUCCCAUGGGCCGCGAGGGACACCAUUGCGAGCAAGUGUCGGACAAGAAAGGGGCCUACAUGCCGUUCUUUAGUGGUGACUCUUACCUGGAGCUGAAGGGAUUGCACACCUACGGUCACAAUCUCCACCAAAAGGUCAGCAUGACGGUGGUGCUCAUGGCCAACGAAUCCAACGGCAUGAUAUUCUACAAUGGCCAGAAGACCGACGGCAAAGGGGACUUCAUCUCCCUCUCCCUCAACGACGGCAUCCUGGAGUUCCGCUACGACCUGGGCAAGGGCCCCGCCGUCAUCAGGAGUAAAGAUAAGAUCAAGAUGGGUAUGUGGAACACAGUGAAUCUGGAGAGGGCCAGUCGCAAGGGAGAGAUCAACAUAAACGGAAAGGACCCAGUCAGGGGAGAGUCGCCGAACCAACACACCGCUCUCAACCUGAAGGAGUCUCUGUUCGUGGGUGGUGCUCCUGAUUUCAGCCGACAAGCGAGAGCCGCCUCGCUCAAAGAUGGCUUCAAGGGGGCCAUUCAGAAGAUCACCCUGAUGGGCACUCCCAUCCUGCGGCAGGAGAAUGCAUUGCACUCCAGUGACGUCGCAAUGUUUAAGGGCCACCCGUGCAGCUGGGAUCCCUGCCACAACGGGGGUCUCUGCAACCCCAUGCUUGAGAGCUACGAGUGUGUGUGCCCCCACGGCUUCACGGGCACAGUCUGUCAGAACACCAUCUUGGAGAAGUCCGCCGGGGAGUCGGAGUCCAUUGCUUUUGACGGCCGGACUUUUAUCGAGUACCACAACGCCGUCACCAAGAGUGAGAAGGCCCUUCUGGUGAACAAAUUUGAGCUGAGCAUCAAGACGGAGGCCACACAGGGCCUGGUGCUGUGGAGCGGCAAGGGCGUGGAGCGCUCUGACUAUAUCGCCCUGGCCAUUGUGGAUGGCCGCGUGCAGAUGACCUAUGACCUGGGCUCCAAGCCUGUGGUGCUUCGCUCGACGGUGCGCGUCAACACUAACAGUUGGAUCUGCGUCAAGGCCAGCAGAGCACGUAGGAACGGAUCUCUCCAGGUGGGCAACGAGGCAGCAGUCACGGGAUCGUCGCCCCUGACAGCCACUCAGCUGGACACAGACGGAGCUCUCUGGUUGGGUGGCUUGGAGGAGUUGAUGGUGGCCCACAGACUGCCUAAGGCCUACAGCACGGGCUUUGUUGGCUGUGUAAAGAAUGUGGUGGUGGACGGCAUGGGGCUUCACCUGGUGGAAGACGCACUCAAUAGCCCCAAAAUAUUACACUGUUCCGCCGCUGAGGACAAAAAAUAGCCUGGUUAAACCACCCCCUUCAUAAACUACAUGUCUAAUGCUGUAAUUAAGUUCUAUUUUUGUAUAAUUAUCAUCGCUUUUUAUAUUGGAAAAAAAUAAUACAUCAUUUAAAUUUGUUUUAUUUUGUUUCGUUAUACUGUAUUUGUUUUGUUUGUUUAUCUAUGCCUCCCAUUCAUUCAUUAUCCCCCUCCUGAAAGGCCGGUGUAAAUACCUUGCGUACAUUUGUGUGGCGUCGCAAGACAAGCGAAAGUUGUAUUAAUUGUAUUUGUUAUUUUCAAACAAACGCGAACAAAACCUUCAUAUCGCUCAUGGCUUGAACACUGGUGAACCACAUUGGUCCUCUCUAUUAUUGCCUCGUCUUGGUGUCAUAUCAGUCACUACCACCCAACACAGCCUAUAGACAUAACCCUAACUCUACAUACAAACAUAUUAUCGUGUGAGGCAAAUGCAGUAGACAUACUGCAGAUACCUGUGUCAUGUUCGUUAGAGCACACUGUUACAAAAUGUUUUACAACAUUUUGCAACGAAAACAAGCCUGUCUUAUUGGUGCCUCAUGAACACAACUCUGGUUUCAUAGAACCCUCUGCUUGCCCCUGAUAGGACACAAGUGUAUUCCAUAUUAGUUAAGACUGAGUUUCGGAAACCGCCUGAUCAAACUCUUCAAACUCCUCAUACAGCGCAAAUACUCUGUUGGCUCUGAACCAAUGACUAAGUCUCAUUUUUGAACAAAGACGAAGUGCCCUGCAUUCCAGAACAACUUACAUAUCAUAAUUUCAAAACAUACAUCAAUCAAGAAAUGUAAUAAUAAUUUACAUAAAUAAAUGUAAUAAAUAUAGAGUAUAUAAAUACCUGAGACUGUGAAUAUGUAAGAUUGGUUCUCUUCUCAUGUAUUGUGCUUCUCAUGUAUUGUGCAUAUUCUAUUUUGCAAUCAGUAAAGCUAACAAUGACCACUAGUUGCAUGCAGUUUCUGCGGUGUUGAUUUUGUUUUGUUUUAGUUUCGCCAGAUCUUUUCAUUUUCUGAGGCGAACGUGUCAGAGGUCAAGUGGAUUAUUUUACUCUCACCUGAUUUCACUGAGCUUGUAGAACUAUUUCAUUUGGCUGGGUCCUUUUUUUUAUGGUGUAACAGAACAAGUUGUUGUUUUUACCACAUCUGGCCUGAUGGAGGAGCUGUAAGAUAAGGCUAAAUAGAGGAAGAGGAGAGACGUCAUACCAGGUGGGUAAUGGGACCCUUCAAUGCUCAGUCAUGGAAAUUUCAAUCAUCAAUGAAAUUCUUCAAACUUCAGAGUAAAAUUUUUUUUCUCAAAUUGAAAUGAAAACUGGUUUAUACUCUUGCAUUAAAAUAAAGGGGUCCAUCUCUUGCUGAUGGAAAGGGGAUAAUGUGAUAAGUUGGGAUAUUGGGCAGCAAAAUUUAAAGAAAAAUCGCAAACAUAAUUGCAAUUGCAAAUAAACAUACUAAUACAUGGGUUUGUAUUAAGAUGAAUUCUGUAACAUGCAAAAACUGACAUAAACCCACUCUGUUUUGAUACAUAAGAUACUUGGCAAUAUUGUUCACUUCAUAUUUCCCCCUUCUGAAACAAAGGCGGCCAUUUUGUAAAUGUAGCAUUGUGUAAAACUGUGGAGGUUGUUUUUAGUACUAUACACUGGAACCAAGAAUCUGACUUGUCUGUUCACUACACACAAUAAUUAUGUUCUUAUGUCAAUGGGGAAGGGAAGGGAAGGGGAAGAGCAUUGAAGCAUAUGGCUUUUGAGUCAAAUCAAGGACUAGUUUCCAAAGCUAAGACCAGUAACCGGGUGUGCGUAUGUAUGGUCUACACCACUGCAUUUCUAUGUUGUAUUACUGUUGAAUUGGACCUAUUCCAGUAGUUGUGGAAUGUGUCCUGUGUUAUUGACACUCAGAAGUGACACUGGCUCAAGUAUAAGACAGGCACAAUCUAAUGUCGGGGUAGUUGAAACUGUCUAUGAAUUGCCUUAAAACAGUUCCAACGGCUCACCGGUUGACAAAGUUGUUGUCCAUACUGUGCUCUUAUUUUAGCAAGCAUCCUAGCCUCAUCAACCCCAUCGUGUAAAGUAAUAUGUAAUAAUUCAAUUCAUAAUAAUGCUCAUACAAGUCAUCGGAGAGCCUCAAAAAUGUCUGCCUCUGGCUUUUACAGAAAAUGUACUAUUUACUGUUUGAAUCUAUUUUCUGUUCCUUUAUGUCUUCAUGUGGAUUCCCCUAUCGACUGGCCUCUAAACUACUGUUUGAUUGAGACGCUCCUGAAGAGCAGUGCACAGAGUAAGAGUGGCAUGACCUGACCAUUACUAACUUUAUUACAUUUGUCUUUUGUUCCUACCACCAUGUAAUAAAAUGUCAAACAGACCUGA